AUGCCGCGCGGCGUUAAGAAGGAAAACCUGCCGAGCAAGAUUUGUGCAACCUGCCAGCGGCCAUUCACGUGGCGCAAAGUGUGGGAAAAUUGCUGGGACGAGGUGAAGUGCUGCAGCGAUAGGUGCAAAAACGAGCGCAAGCGCAAGCUGCAGCUAGCAAAUCGAGAGCAGCGCAGCCCUGAUGCCACCACCAUCACCCACGUUGACCGUGUCCCCACAUCGGACCCCGAGGUCAACAGCAGCCCCGUAUCUAUAGCCGCCAGCUCCAGGCCUGCGAGUCCCCGGGGACCUCAGCCUGUCUCGUCUUAA